ACGCGCGCACAGACACUAUUCAUUUUUACUUGGUCCUUAAUCUUCUCUCUUCAUUUCUAUUUCAUUUUCUCCAUCACCAUGGCUUCCAAACUUCACAACCUACUCUCUUUACUACUAUUCCUCUCCGCAAUUCUUGAUUUUCCGGCCACCACGACAUCGCAAGAGUGUCCUUAUCCGUGUUUCCCACCACCAACCGGCCCCGGGAACAACCCUCCAGUUGCCACAACACCACCAUCACCACCAGUUCCCACCACUACCCCACCAACUUCGUUUCCUCCUCCAGCUUUCACCACCCCUCCUGCUGGUGACUUACCAUAUAAUCCUCCAUCACCUGACUCUUUUAACGGAGUCACGCCACCGCCACCCGAGCCGAUAGUGCCGUGGUUUCCAUAUUAUUACAGAAAGCCACCUCAUCAAGAUCAGUCAUCAUCGACAGCUCUGAAUCAAGGAUCAAGAACCACGAUCAUCAUAUUGACUCUACUUUUUCUUGUUUUUUCUACUGUUUUUGUCUGACUUUUCUUGAAUUUUCAUGUAUUUAAGAGUUUUAGAUGAUGAUAUAGUACAAGAAUCCUUGUAGAAUAUUAUGUGUACUGUUCUUUCAGAAAUUAAGGUGAAAUGUUUUUGGGAUGAUGAUCAAAGGGCCGUAGUGUGAUGACGAUCAUGAGAACGAUGGGUCAACAAUCUUGUGGUUUAUGUUUCGUAUUGUAGUUUUGAUGAGAGUUUUCAAACUAGUUGAUUGAAUAAUCUUCUUGAA